AUGCUUUGGAAGCACGCCAUUAAACUUCGCUACGAGGCAAAUCUUGCGAUUGAAAGAUAUGGAAAAGUUGGCGCCGUCGCAGACGCGCAAAGGGUCUUUGACGGGAUCGCCAAUCGCAACGAAUACUCGUGGACGCUUCUCAUGCAGGCUUAUGUUCAGAGUGGGCAUAUUGGCGACGCGAUGCGGGUGUUUGAGAAAAUGCCGCAGGCUAAUGUUGUUGCUUGGAACGGGAUAAUCGCGGCGUGCAAUCGCAACUCUUGGUGCUCGGAGGCGAACGAUCUGUUCUCUCAGAUGCCGCAAAGGAAUGACCUAUCGUGGAAUAGCAUGGUUUUUGCUUAUGCCUUCGAUGGGCAUUUGGAUAUUUCCAUUGAAACUUUCAAUAAGAUGCCUUCUUGGACUGUUGUUUCUUGGAACUCGCUAAUCGCAGGAUUAGUACUAGCUUGGAGUUUUGAUUACGCUAAGGCAGUUUUUGACGGCAUGCCUGAGCGUACUAUCGUUUCCUGGGACACUUUACUCUGGGCAUAUUCCCAGAACCGGCAUAUUUCCAACACGAAGAUUCUUUUUGAUCCAAUGGCGCAGCAUAGUCCCCUCUCGUUCGCAGGAAUGGCAAUCGCUUGCAUCAACGGCGGAGAUGCAGCUUCCGCAGAUGGAAUCUUGUCCGAAAUAUAUCGCUUCUUAGAUGCUCCUGCGGGAAACUCUGUCUUAGUAGCAUAUACCCAUCGCUGGGAUCUGGACCGAGCAAAAUGCCUCUUUGACAGGAUGGACGGCCGCGAUGUGGCCUCCUGGACGGUGCUGAUGCUGGCAUAUACCCAGUCUGGGCAUCUGGAGCACGCAGAGAGAAUGUUCGCCGGGAUGCCCAAAAGAGAUACGGUGGCUUGCAACAUUCUUGUGAUGGCCUACGCGGCUAAUGGAGAUUUCUCUCAAGCGAUCAGAGUUUUCGAGGAUAUGAAAGUGAGAGACGCUGUCGCUUGGAACACGAUGAUCGCUGCUUGCGGCCACUGUGGCGAAUCCAACAAGGCCGAGCUCUUCUUCCACAAAAUGGCUCGCCACAACACCGUCUCUUGGAACUCGUUGAUCGCGGCGUUUGGACAGUGCGGCCACGCUGAAAAAUCCGCCGAGCUCUUCCGGAGAAUUCCACUCCGCAACGAUAUGUCGUGGAGAGUCCUCGUUGCCGCGUAUGCUCACAACGGGCACUUGUCCGAAGCGGUGGAGUCUCUCCGGGAGAUGCUGCUUGAUGGCUUGUUACCGGACGAGGCUACUUUCGUGGCCGUUGUCUCGACGUUGGGCCAUGCUGGGCGCGUGCUGGAUGCUCGGAGGUUGCUUGUCUCGAUGGUGUUCGACUUUGGAUUGGAUUUGUAUCUGGAGCACUACGUGUGCAUGGUGGACGGGCUCGGGCGGUCCGGAAAAGUGAAAGAGGCCGAGGAACUCAUCGCCAACAUGCCCUUUCUUGAUACUGACAUCGUGUGGAAAGCGCUGCUUGCUGCUUGUCGGAUUCACACUGACCAGGAGCGAGGAGCUCGUGUCGCACAGCAAGCACUGAGACUGGACAGUUCGGCGCCUGGAGUCUUGUCACAGCUGAUUUUUUAA